AUGCAACUCACCAUCAGGUUCCUCGUCCUCGCCAUCCUCUCGGGCAGCGCAACGGCAAAGCACCGCCUAGGUACAUACGGCUUGACCAAUGGUGGCAUCAACAUCUGCAAAGAAGCAGGCCAACGUAAGAUAAAUCCUUUUUCUUUAAAGAAAACCUCUCUAGAAAGCUGA